AUGCUGACCCCGGCCGACGCACGAGCACGCACGACGCCGCUGCCCGACGGCGAAGAGCUCAUAGUGUCGCCCGGCCUCCGCUUCGACGCCUUUGCCAUCACCAACAUGGCCCAGUCCAAGACCUUUUUCAAGGCGGGCUGCGCCGUGUGCCCAGAAGCGUCGCUGGCGCUCACGCUGCACGAGACAUCGGGACAUAUCCAGUGCCUGCUUCCCGACGCCUUUUGGACGAGCCACGAUUUCACGUUCCUCGUCGACUUUGCGAGCACGACCGCCCGUACCCAUCUGCACCUCGUACAUUGCAUCUACCUCGGCGAUCAAUGCAUCGUCGAGUCGUUUUCGUUUGGCGCGAUCGAGCAUAAUGUCGCGUACCGCUGGCUGGUGGAGUGGAUGAACCCCUUCUCCUUUCUGAGCGCGAGCGACACGACGCAGCCGACGCACAGCGACGUCUUUUACUUUGACAACGACACGCUGCUUGCGCACCACCGCGUGUCGUUUCAGGCCGUGCCCGAGGUCGGUGGGCACCGCGAGAACCAGCUCUUUGACGCGUUGGAGGCUCGGGCGCUGGCGCCGAUUCGUACGGCGUUGCACCACCUCGCCCGCGUCCCACAGAUGUACAAGCUCACUCACGACGUCCUCUUCGACUUGAUUGACGACGGCGCGAUCGAUAUUGCUCGGCUCCUCGUGGACCACGGCGCCACGCUCUCGGGGACAUGCAGCGAUCGGCUCUUGACGCGCGCCCUCGAUCGCAGUGACAUCGAGAUGGUCAGCUACGCGCUCGAUCACGGCGCGAAUGUUCAAUCGACCAUCUUUGGGCAGACGCAGCUUCAGCGAAUGGUGCUGGCCGGCAACGACGCCAUGGUGGAUGUGCUCGUGAAUGCAGGCGCGUACGUCGGCAACCCCUGUGACCUCCACGACCACAUUGACCGUGAUUGCUCCCGGCACUGCAAGGUUGCCGAGGCGCCCUUGGUCGCAGCGUAUACGAGCAACCAACCACGCAUGGCACAGCUCCUCCUGGACCUCCACGCGCCGAUCGACGUAGCUCAAAAAGCGGCUCCCCGCAACAACCUGCUGGCGCUCUGUCUGCUACAUGUGACGGACCAAUGCGCGCGCCGGUGGCAUAUCCAGCAGCUCCUCGAGCGAGGCGCUAUCGCCACCAUCCGCCAGCCCAACCAGGACGGGGUGACGCCAUAUGCGCUGGCCACAUCGAUGAAUGAAUUCAUGAUUCGCGAGAGCUUUGACUUUUAUACGAAAGCGACCUCCGAUGCACCGCAAGACGACAAUGCUGCAGAUGUAUGCGGCCAGAAUGCUGCGGCGGCCUGGCGAUUGCAAACGAGCACGUCCAUAUGGGAGCUGUCUCCGAGGGGCAGCACCGCCUCGAGCUACGAGUACGACUCGGACGCACCCAGCAGCGAGAGCGACGGCGACUGGACGCUUGUCGACGACGAUGUGGAUAUGGUUCACUAA